UCUGGCCGGGGCGUUGUUGGGAGCGCGGCUCGGUGCAUGUGGGGCUCUCCCGCCGCCCGCGCGACAGGGAGUCCGGCUCUGCGCCCCGGCGGCGCUCGGGCUCCCUGCACCCCGCGAGGAAGACCCCGCGGAGAGGCGGCAGCGGGCAGACGUAGCCGGGCUCAGGGCUGGAGGUAAAACCCCGCGUGGGCAUCUCCUCGAGCUGCUUCGGGAUCCCAGCGCCCAGCACGCGUGGGGGAGGCGGGAAGGCGAGAAGAAGCCCCGCGUUGCGUGCAGCGGUGUGGCAGAAGUUGGCCAGACGGAACAUGAUGAGGUCUUAUGGGGAAGCUUUCAAGAGGAAGAGCUGGUGGACUGCAUAGACGUCGAUGACAAUUUGCAUGGCAAGACUGGGACCUGCAAUAGAAAAGAUUUUUGGAGAUAUAUUAAAUCUUUUGAGCGUCUCUUUGCCAGUUGCUAGAGGGCAGAAAAUUACCAGACAUGUCCAUAGCCCUCAAGCAAGUUUUUAAUAAAGACAAGACUUUCCGUCCCAAACGUAAAUUUGAACCUGGGACCCAAAGGUUUGAGCUCCAUAAACGAGCACAAGCCUCGCUAAACUCGGGAGUGGACCUGAAAGCAGCUGUGCAGCUGCCCAAUGGAGAAGACCUAAAUGACUGGGUGGCAGUUCACGUUGUUGACUUUUUCAACAGAAUCAACCUGAUCUAUGGAACUAUCUGUGAGUUCUGCACAGAGAGGACCUGCCCAGUGAUGUCUGGGGGCCCUAAGUACGAGUACCGGUGGCAGGAUGACCUCAAGUACAAGAAGCCGACUGCAUUGCCAGCACCCCAGUAUAUGAACCUCCUAAUGGACUGGAUAGAGGUUCAGAUCAACAAUGAGGACAUAUUUCCUACCUGUGUGGGUGUUCCCUUUCCAAAGAACUUCCUUCAGAUCUGCAAGAAGAUCCUGUGCAGACUGUUCCGGGUAUUUGUUCAUGUCUACAUUCAUCACUUUGACCGCAUCAUCAUCAUGGGCGCUGAAGCUCACGUCAAUACCUGUUACAAGCACUUUUAUUACUUUGUAACAGAGCUCAACCUUAUAGACCGCAAAGAGCUAGAGCCUUUGAAAGAGAUGACAACCAGGAUGUGUCGCUAAAGAGCCACCUGGCGAACAUAAGAGAAAUACCGUUUCCGCCUUAUUGCAGAGCUAGAGGUCAUGGGAGGCCUCCUGGGCUGAAUCUGCCUGUUAAUUACCACCCGUGAGAAAGUUACGGACAGAAGGUUACUUUCACAGAUGCUUCCCAACAUUAUGUAUGCUCUUAACUCUAAAUAUGCUGCUAGGAACCUCCUCUGAAUGAUAUGGACUACCAAGUGAGAGAGGAAUGACUUGGCAUUUUUUUCUGGUUCCUGAUCUAUUGAGGAGGAAUUCUUCAGUCACAAAGACGUUCCAUGUUCCUAUUGUUCAAGCUUUAUUGCAGUUCAGGUUUUUAGCCUGACUUGUGUAUUUGUACUUUGGAAAUGAACCUGUAUUGUUAGCUGGAAAGAUUUUGUGUAUUUUGAUUUUGUGUACUUUGUUUUCCAAGUUCAGCACAAUAUUAAGUCCCUGGAAACUCAGCAAGAUUUUUGCAUGGAGCCUUCUAUGCCUACAUUGGGGUCUAGCUACCAGCCAAGGUUUGUGGGUAAAUGUUCCAAAAUGCCACUGAGCCUCAGCAUCCAUAAGAACGAAGGUUCUUUCUCUAGCACACCUAGCAGUGUGUCCUUUGUGUAUUUUCUUGAUUCAGCUCUCAGGUGACAGUGGGCCAGAUUAUGAUCCCAGCUACAUCAGUGUAAACCCAGACUAACCUCAGUGAUUUCAACGGAGUUGCCCUGGAGUUAAACCAGCGUGAUUGACAGCAGUCUGGCCCAGUAUCUGUACAAAGAAGGAUGGUGGUAAUUAGAGUUGAACUAAAUGUCCUAUAUGCUGUGUUUGGUGCAUAUAUUUAACUUUUCCCCUCUGUUUUUUCGCCCUGUCCUAUUUCUUUUUCCACCAACCUCAUUCUUUUCCAGGUGAAGAUAUUCCUUUUGUUGGGAAAAAGGGGUAAAUUAAUGAAGAAUUGUAAGUGUGAAGGUGAGGUCAAAACCAUAAUGCAUGAUUGUACUGUAUGCAAAUAGUGUCUUAUAAGACAGCCUGUCUUCCAUACUAGAAAGAUAUUGUAUAACAGUUCUCAGCAUACAGUCUAAUUUAAAUCAAUGAACUCAAGUUAUUCAUCGUAAACUUAUUAAUUCAUGUACAGUGUGCUAUGGUGAUGGGCCCACUACAAAUAUUUUAAUAGUGUUUACUGAGAGAAGAUCUCUAGAGACCCAGUUUAAUUAGUGGAAAAUAUAUAGAACAGUGCCAUAUAUUCUAUGCUUUCUAAGGAAUUUGGCAUGUUAUGUUAUCAAAAUGAUUCUCCUCAAAUCAUGCUAAAUUAGUAGUUUUUCCCUAUCUUUAGAAUUAUGCAAAUACAUGUUGAACCUCUCUAGUCCAGCACCAGCAGGACCUGACCAGUGCCGAACCAGAGAAUUUGCCAAACCACAGGCAGUCAUGUUGUCUAGCAGCAUUUCUAACACUUCCACUGCUUAGGGUAACUUACAGCACAGAACACUGAGAACCAGGACUGGUGGCUACAAGCAGCAGGAAAUUUGGCCACACCCAUGAUAAAUGAACAUCCAGCUUAGUCAAAUCAUGCUGGACCACUGAUAUUGCUGAACCAGAGAGUGCCAGACUAGAUAGGUUCAACCCGUAGUGUUAGCCCUUGCCUUCAAGGAAUGUUCAACUUUCAGUUUGUUACAUUGAACUAAAGUGCUCUUUCCCCUUUCACAGCUCUUCUGCAACCAGAUUACCUCUUUAAUGCACUAAGGGACAUGAUCUUCUUAAUAUUAAUUUGGCUGGUGCUUAACCACUGCCUAGUCAUGGGACUCAAUGCUACAAAAUAUCACUGAGGCCAAGAAUUUCACAGGAUUGUUGCAAAGGUGAAUGAUAAUUAUCCAUCACCUGGUUUCUUGUACCUUAGUCUGAACUAUCUAAUUCUAGCCGCAGUUGGAGACAUAACUGCUGGUCUGGUGUGGCAAAUCCUGUAUUUCUAAUUUCUAACAUUUUGAAGGGCUAAAACAAAUGGCAGGUUACUACUGAUAUUUCCACAGCUUUGCAAUAUGCAAUGAAAGUUUAUAUAAAGAAGAUGCAAAUCUGUGGAAUCUAUAUGCAAAAAAAUCAAACCAUGGCUAGAUAAAAUUGAAAAGCUUAACAUUUUAUCUACAAAAUCAUGUUCAUUCUACUUUUCACUAAAGCCACUUACUAAUAUACUGUUUGGGUGUAAUUAACAUAGUGUAACUCUAAAAUGUGCAGGAAUUUGUUCCCUGUUAUCUUGGUUAAUAUUUUCGUGAUUGUGAUAAUUUCACCAAAUUUGAAAAACUGUUUUAAUUGUUUUUUAAUUGGGUCUCAGUUCAAUUUAAUAACUAUUGUGCUCUCCCUAAUGGCUGCUGUAGAUUCUGCAGCAGAGUCCCCAGAGACAUCAUGGCUGUCUCAGCCAGCAUUCCAAUGGCAUGACACUACAAGAGUCCAGGAGCAGCCCCAGCCAUUGAAAGAUGGAGUGUGUACUUGCCUCCUGUGGUCGUUGAUAUAGAAAAGGGGUGUAAACAUGGACCCAGACUUGGCCCAUCCUUUUUGGGCACAGUUCUGCUGCUGCUGCUGCUGUUAGUCUUAUCCUUGUGCUGAGGUCUGAUCCCUGUACAGAGGUACAAGAAGUAAGGAAUGGCUCUGAGUUCCUUCCUCUUUGCGCUCCUGUGCAGGGCUAAGUGCAGUCUGGCCCAGUGAGCAGUUAUGAAAUGGGCAUCUCAUAGCUGCCCAAGCAAGUUUAUUAUUACAAAAAGUCUAUGAAAACCUCAGUCCCUAAAGCUAAUAUGCUAGGACAUAAUGAAAUGCAUGUCAUUGCACCACUGUGAUGUAUCUGUCAUUGACUCUAGCCAAAUAUUUCCCAACAAGAAUUGCAAGAGUCCUCUGUCUUUCUGAAGAUAAUAUACGUGAUUAAUUCAGCACUGGCCUAGGUGCUUCAAACAGUGUGGCAUGGCUCAUUUUCCUCCUUCCUCAUCUCUGUGACUCUUAACAGCCCAAUAAUGACAAUGUGUAGAGUAUUGUCGGAUUUACAAGUCUAAAAUUAAUUCUGGCAUGAGAAAGCAGAGAGUCAGGGUCCUGUAAACAUGAGUCCAGCUUUUAAUUUCACCCUUGACAAUACAUCAUGAGAGAUAAAUAUAGUCUUAUUUCAGUUGCUAAUCACUUGCCCUGUUUUAUACAGACACAUCAGCAUACUAAACAAGAGAGUGACUAAAAUGGAUGAAAAUCUUACUAAUUUCAAUGGAUGAAAAUCUUACUACCCCAUUUAACAUAAGAGAGAAAGUCCAUCCACUAGAUUGCUAUGGAGAAUUCUUAACUUUCUUGUGGCCUUUUGUAUAGUUCAGCUUCAAAUAUGUGUGUGCUUCUGGGGGGUUUUGCCAUUAACUCCUUAAAUCCUUCAUUUGGGUUAUAGCCAUUGUGUCUUCUGUUUCUUGCCUUCUAAAAAAGGGAUUGAUCUUUAUUCCGGUGCUUACCUAAUCUUAAUGCUAAAGAUAGCAGUCAGUUUCAGGGGAAUCCAAGAAGAAAAACCUGCUUUUGUUGAUCAAGAACAUUGCUGGCUUUAUGCCAGAAUUUGGGAUGUUGCUGUGUAACCAAAACUGCCCCAGAACCAACACUGAUGAGGAAUUUUGGGAAUUGCUGUUCUUGUGGGUGCACUGCUCUUUGAUGCACAUAAUACAAUGGGGUCAUAUGCCAAACUCCUCCUUUGGUUCUUACUCCGGGAAAAGUUCCAUUGACCUUCAGUGGGAGUUUUCCCUUAGUGACAGCUAAGAGCCAUAUCAUGGGCGCCCAUGAGCAAGCGGCGAAACUGCAUGUAGGAAACUUGAGUUUCUUUCCAAGUUAUCCCGCUGUAGGCAGCAAGUCUUACAUAAUGUGGGAUGUGCAGUGAUAUGUGAUGUGAGCCCACAAAGACUUAAAGAGAGCUUGUACAUUCAUGCAAAACCCAGUACCCAUAUAUUGCCAUGAUUAUCUUAUUUGGGGAAAUUCCUAUGGCUUGGAGCAGGGGUGGGCAAUCAUUUUUGAUGGGGUGGCCAUUCUAAGAAGUUGGUAAGUGGUCAAGGUCUGCACUCUUCCAUGAUAUUAAUGGAGGAGAUGUGGGGCCUGGGAUGGAGGUGGGGUGCAGAAGGAAGCUUUGGAUAAGGGAUUGGGAUGCAGGAGAGAGGCUGAGAUUUGGGAAUAAGUUUGGGUGAGGGAUGGGGCUGUGACUUGGAACAGGAGACUGGGGUGCAGGAAGGGGUCCAGGAGGAGGUAUGGAUGCAGGAGAGGAUUCUGAUCUGAAACAGGUAUGUAGGAAGGGGUGCAGGAUCUGGGAGGGGAUUGUGACCUGGGGCAGGAGUGCAGGAGAAGGUGCGGGGAUUGGGAUGCAAGGCCUGGGAGGGGGUUGUGUCCUGGAGGAGAGGCAUAGGAGAGGGUGCAGAGUCUGGGAGGGGGUAUGGGUGCAGGAGCAAGGGUGCAGUGGAUUUAGGCUACAUGGAUUUAGGGCUGCAGGGGAGGGAGGGGCUGGGAUACCAGAGGCAGGCUGUGGCCGGGAGGUGCUUACUUAGGUAGCUUCUUGCCAGCAGCCCUGCCCAGCAAGUUCUUCAGCCAGGCAGAGGUCAUGUGUGCUGCUCUGAACACUGCAAGCCCAUGGGGAAGGAGUACUUCACAUGCUGCCUGAUCUCCCGCCAAUGGGAGCUGUAAGAUUGUGCUGGCGGGGAGGAGGGGGCGCAGCAUGUGAAUCCUCUGCCCCUUUCCCCUGGGCUCACAGCAUUCAGAAAGCUGUUUGCAGCAUGUGGGGGCAGGGCAGGCAGGGAUUCGGGCUGAGGCUCCUACUGAGCCUGGAGGUUGGAUCUGGUGGUUUGGAAGUCCAGAUCCAGCCUGCAGGCCAUAUUUGGCCUGCUCCUGGUUUGGACGGUGCUACUGCCAGGAAUUUCUUCCCCAGCUGCAUCCAGCUAUGCUUCCCAAAAUCAAGUAGCCUCAGUUCCUGGCCUUUGGCAACAUUUAGCUCCAAGAGCUUGGUUUUUGUUCCUUUCAUUCCCUCCAAUGAGGAAAAGAAGGUGAGGGCUGCAUGUGAGAACUACAGAAUAAGAUCUAAUGUGUAUAAAAUAGGAAUAUAGGUAUGCUACCGCAUAAGUGCUUUAGGAAUGGGACAAUGUUAUGGGUAUUGCGCAAUACUUAGCAAGCUGUCAGUAUAUCUGUAGGAAGGGAGAUCUUUAGAAUGGGUUUUUCCUGGGUACAGCAAGCCAAAAGUGGCCUCUGAAUCACUAAUAAUAACCUUGUAGUUUUAUUCUUCUAAAUUUAGUGGAUCGAAUUUGAUCUUUUGUUUUUCAUCAUGAGAGAACAGCAGGCAACGCUAUUUGAAAGUUAGCCAAACAAAGUUGAAGCUUUGAAAUGGGGUGGUUGUUUCUUUUCUGUGUAACAGAUUUUUCUGGUUUUAAAUGAAUAUAUUAUAAUAAAACUUUAAUAAAAUAUUCUCCCAUUGAAGAAAUGAAUUAGUCAGCUGAGCUUCUGUGUUCACAAUUUUUGUUUUUUUUCCCCAGUGAUUAGAUAGAGGAUUUUUUUGGUCAUUUUUAAUGAAGAUGCUCUUUUUUAACAAAUUAUUCCUUUUUUCCUUCCAUGCAUCAGUGCUGUUCAUUAUGUUAAUUUUUAGCAAUGUUCAAGACAUUUUUAGUUCUAUUUGUGAUUAAAUGAAGGGUUCAGUUGUAUGAAAAAAGACUCCGACACUAACUGUUCAAGUCAUAUUUAAAAAAAAGGGUAAAAUGGAAGACUACUUGUCAGAUCAAUCCUAGUGUAUGAACCUAAGGAAUUCAAACAUCACAAAUAAAAGAUACAUAACCCUGCUUAAGUGACCUCUAAUUAUUUUGUCUGU